GACAUCAUUGAUCUUCAGCUCUUCAGCUCCUACGGUUUAUGUUGUAGAUUCUCUGUAGUUUAUGGAUGUUUAUUACGCUUUUCUAUAUAUUUCACAUUGUCUAUAUUUAAUAAAUGAUAAGUUAUAGAUUUGAACGUUUACAAUGUCCAAAUUCAUAUCUUCAGUAGGAAGGACUCUACAAAAUGUCUUCAAAAACAGGUCAUUCAGCUCCCGGUGUUUUUCUACUGUUGAGAAAGAAGAAAAAUGGGAAACAAGGAUAUUUUCUGGUGUUCAACCAACGGGUGCCAUCCAUAUUGGAAAUUACUUUGGUGCAAUUGAAAAAUGGGUUGCUUUACAGGAUGAAGGAAAUCGUACAAUCUACAGUAUAGUUGACUUGCAUUCUAUUACUCUGCCUCAGGAUCCAAUGGAGCUGAGGGCAAAUAUACUGCUGAUGACUGCCACAUUGAUAGCGUGUGGAAUCGAUCCUAAGAAAAGUAUUAUUUUUCAACAAUCAAAGGUGCACCAACACACUGAACUGUUCUGGGUACUAAGUUCCCUGAGCACAAUGGCCCGCCUCUCCCACUUGCCUCAAUACAAGGAGAAAUCUGCCGAUCUCAAAGAUGUACCUCUGGGCCUAUUCAUCUACCCCGUGCUGCAGGCCGCUGAUAUACUGCUGUACAGAUCCACACAUGUUCCCGUGGGAGAAGACCAGGAGCAGCAUAUGCAAAUCGCACAAACUCUUGCCAGACAAUUUAAUAAUCGGUUCGGAGUCACUUUUCCCAUCCCCCAGACAAUCAUGGCUAGCGAUGAACGCAACCGGGUCCGCAGCCUGCGUGAGCCGCAACGCAAGAUGUCCAAGUCGCAUGCGGAUGCCAAGUCGCGCAUUCAACUCACCGACACUCCCGAGGUCAUAGUCGAAAAGGUGAAGAAGGCGGUGACUGAUCACACGUCGACAGUGACUUAUGAGCCGGAGAAAAGGCCAGCGGUCAGCAAUUUAGUGCUGCUCCACUCGCUCGCUUCGGGGAGGACUUGUGAGGAGAUUUGUAGCGAGGCUAGCGGAAUAGAUACUGGACGAUACAAACAAGAAGUAUCGGACGCCCUGAUCGCGCGGCUGAAACCGAUUCGCGAGGAGAUCGAGCGUCUGCAACAUUCGCCCGAUUUCCUACAGGAGACUCUGGAGCGAGGCGCUGAGAGGGCGUCCUUCUAUGCCGAGUUGACCUGGCGUGACGUCAUCGACAAAGUUGGACUUGAUAUAAAGCAUCUCCCGCAACUCGCUAAGGAAAUGCUUAGGGAUAGCAAUAAGACGCCUAGUUAGGCUCAAUCUUAGAGAAAAGAUAGCGUAGAAAAAUAUAUGUCAUGGUAUAGG